CGAGCUAGCGUUAGAACUUUCCACUUGGCCUCAAUGAAGGAUGACGACGUCGUCGGAAAUGUCUUCAUGAAUGCACAAAAGCUUUGUCAGGUCUCGUCAUCAUCCAUGACGCAGGCAUCAUUAAUCACGUAGCCAUCAUCUACAUUCGGACGAUUCCACUCUCGGGUAUCACCACCCCCUGCUGUUGCCCGCAUAUUUGGAGCCCUGGGCCAGCCAGCACUGCUACCUGAUACAAGCACAACAUGUGUCUUUCCAGCUCUCACAUUUGAUUAGUCGACCAGCCGGGGUGGGCUUCUUCUUCGUCUGCAGCCUGCACGUCCUUCACCCACCGGUUAGUGGGGAUCGGACCCAAAGGAUCCAGGGAUAGUGGAACGGAAGAGCCGACCGAAAGCCAGACCACCAUGUAUGAUACAUUUGGCGGGUUCUCGGGCUACUUCCAAAAGGGGCGAGUCAGCCAUAUCGAUAACAGCACGUUCCGGCUGCAUUAUCGUUUCACCUUUGGCUUGCUCAUCCUGUGCUCGAUGCUCGUGACCCUCACCCAGUUCUUCGGAGCGCCCAUUUCCUGCAUCGUGGAAGGCGUGUCUCAAAGUGUGAUGGACACGCAUUGUUGGAUCCACGGCACUUUCACCAUUCCGAGCCACUUAACCAAGGAGGUGGGCACGGAGGUGCCUCAUCCCGGCGUGGCACCCCUGCAUAACCGGGUGCAGCAGAACGAAUCCGGACACAUUUCGUGGACCGAGGAUGGCGACGAAAUCCGCCACGCCUGGUACCAAUGGGUCUGCCUCGUCCUGUUCUUCCAAGCCGUUCUGUGCUACACGCCACAUUAUCUCUGGAAGCUUAACGAAGGCGGUAAAUUGGACAUGCUCAUUCAGGGCUUGGAUGGGGUCAUGCUCCACGGAACGGAGGCGGCCGAGGAUAAGCGGAAAGCCGUGGUCGCCUACUAUGUUCGGACCAUACAAUCGCACAACCCUUAUGUGUUCAAGUUUGUGUUGUGCGAAGUGCUCAACCUCGUCAACAUACUGUUCCAGAUCUUCUUGAUGGACAUCUUCUUCAAUGGUCAGUUUACCACCUACGGCUCGGAAGUGCUCUCAGUGAGCGAGCAGCCCUUUGAGACCCGAACUGACCCCAUGAACCGAGUUUUCCCCAAGGUGACCAAGUGCUCGUUCCAUUUCUACGGUACAUCUGGAACGGUCCAACUCCGAGAUGGACUGUGCAUUCUAGCCAUGAACAUCAUCAACGAGAAGAUCUUUGUUCUCUUGUGGUUCUGGUUCAUUUUCGUCACCAUCUGGACCGCCAUUCAUCUCAUGUUUAGGAUGGUGUCCAUCGCCUCCCGACACUCUCGAUUCAUGUUGCUGUGCAAUCGUGCCCGUUUGGUGAACCGCUCAGAUAUCAGCACGGUCCUGGAAAAGGCCAACUACGGGGAUUGGUUCUUGUUAAUGCAAAUGAGCAAGCAUGUCAACGACAGAGUCUUCCACGCCGUUCUCUUGGACCUCAGAGAUCGCAUUGACAAAAAGAGGGCUGCCAAUCUCAGCCAGGAGUAAUAAUUUUAACUACCUACAGACAGAGCAGAUAGAUCUAUCGAGCCUGCUCAGUUGGACUCGAAACGAGUCCAUCUCGAUCGGAUACAAAGUGAGGAGUAAAGUAUACACAUACAUACUCGCCCUCUCCUUGAACCCAGAACUUUCACACGUCAAAAGAUCUGAUGAGCUAAAAGCAUCCUCCUUUUAUUUUUCUACAAAGGACUUUUUGAUACUUUGUAUAUUUUGUACAUUGCCAGUCCCGCCGCCAUUUCUUUCGCGUACUAGAACUAUGUAUGCGUUGUUCAUGGACAUACUCAAUUCCUCCUGAUGAUAAUUGAUGAUGAAACUAACACUUAAAGUUUGUAAGAAUAUCCCCCACCCUGACCAAUAAACCAUAUCCUCGUGUUCCAAAACAAAGCUAUUUGUGUCUUUGUUCAUGUUCGUUCCUCCUAUUAAGAUCAUUCAAAGUUCCUCAACUUGUAAAUGAGCUGUGGGAGUUACAAUAGAAAAUGCUAUUUUUGAAAUGGGAGAGCCCAAUUCGCUUGCAACAACUGAUUUAAGAAGAUUAAAGCGUCAAAGAAGGCCUCAUCUCACCUAUGUGACAAGGUUUGUCAACAACACCUAUUUGCCAAAGAUUACAAGUGGAAUGUGAUUGGCUGCCGAUAAGCGAACGUAUUAUUAUCUUUGAAUCUUUGAAGAAGAAUUUCACGUUGUGUUUAGAUUUUUUGGACAAUCGGAAGCGUGUUUUUUCUUUCCGUUGUGCUCUUCUAACUGAUUGAAGUCCAUCAGCUCAUUAGUGAUCCAAAAUGGGAUGGGAACAGGCUCUGACUGAUGCCGUUUACAACAACAACAUUG